AAUUCAAUGACAAUUACAACACGACUACAGGCAUCCUACAGAUUCAUAAGGACUCAGCACUUAACUGGCGCAUUUUGCCUUGGUCCAAUCAAAACAUGUUCAGCUUCAAAGUCCUCUUGCUCAUUUUGGCUUGCCUUUGGAUAUCUGACGCUGCAACAGACACGCUCGGCCAAGGUGAUAAGCUCAAUUCAUCUGAUCAUCUUGUUUCCAAAAGUGGAAAUGUCACCUUAGGCUUCUACAAACAAGACUAUGGUGAGACUUGGGGCGACAAAGGCUCCGGGUAUUAUUUGGCUAUGUGGUACACUCAAGACACGUUAAACCAUCCCAUCUGGUUGGCCAACCGAGACGACCCCAUCGCAGAUGACUCCGGAGUUCUCACCAUAGACAACACCGGACUCAAAAUUACACACGCCGGUGGGAAUCCUAUCCUACUUUUCUCACUUCAGUCUACCGCUGCCAACAACAUAAAGCUCGUCUUACAGGAUUCUGGGAAUCUUGUUUUGCAAGAUGAAGACUCUAACAGGCUGGAAAACAGAACGCUAUGGCAAAGCUUUGAUUAUCCAACUGAUACUUUUCUGCCUGGGAUGAAAUUGGGGGUUAGCCGUGGAAGAAACCUGUCGCUUACAUCUUGGUUGACUCAAUCAAUCCCAGCUCCUGGAGCGUUUACCCUGGAGUGGAAUCCUGUAGCAGGGGGGUUAGUUGUUCGGCUCAAAGAGAGGGUUUUAUGGACUGCUGGUGAGAGUUUUGAAAAUAUUCUCCCCCUGGACCCACUGAACAUGAACUACAAUUUCACUAAUGUUUCUAACGUUGAUGAGCAAUAUCUUUAUUAUACGCUUCUAAUUGAAGAAUAUACUCCUGAAGAUCGGAGGAAAAACGCAAGGUUGGUAUUGUUGGACGAUGGGAGUUUGGAACUUGAAAGUAGGUUACUCCUAUUUACUUCAGGAACUUGUGCCGGUGAUAUCACAGAGAAUGGUUGCGUGAGAUGGGAAGGGCCAAAGUGCAGAAGCAAUGGAGAUAAGUACGAAAAAAUAUCUAUCAGAACUACACAUAAAAAUUCGAUAAAUAAUACACUGAUGGGGAACACAAGUCUUUCCAAAAACGACUGUAAGGACAUUUGCUGGAAAGAUUGUGGAUGUUUGGGAGUCAACGAUCAGUACGUCCUUGGCUGCCAGUUCCUUUCAGGGCCUUACGUCCAAGGUGGGUUGGAUGCAACUUCAUAUCAAGUUAUAAUUCGUCACCGUUCAAGGUCGAAAAAUUGGAUAUGGAUUUUAAUAUCUAUAGCAAUGGCUCUAAUGAUCGCAAUAGUGCUCGGCAUCCUGUUUUAUUUGAGAAGAAGAAGAAGAAUUAGAAUGGAAGGUAAAAUUCCGCGAACUAAAAAUUGACUGAAACGAAGGGGAAUAACAUGAUUUUUCUAUA